UACUACAACUAACCAAGAUGGUGAUGACUUUGAGCCAGUAAAAAAGAAACAAUCGAAAAACGAAAAGCAGAUGGAUCCUAUCGAGGGGAAACGGAAGAUUACCGGUGCAGAGCCUAUUAGGACAGAACCAAGACCGUACUAUGAUUAUCAUCAUGAUGUAAUAAGCCUACGGUGCAGUCCUUCAGGUUUUUUGGAUACAGUUAAGCACUUUACUGAAGCGCAGGUGGCGGAUGUGAAGAGCAUUGGAUUUGGUGAUGUCCUUAAUAUAAAGCUUUAUCAUAUAAGCACACGUUUAGGGUAUUGGCUCGUACGAAACUAUGACGAGCAAUACAGCACCCUAAACAUAGGAAAUCACAAGAUAAAAAUCACCCGAGAUUCAGUACAUGACGUGUUUGGUAUUCCAAAGGGUAAUGUUAUUGUACGAGAAAAAAAUAAGCCUAGAAAAGGAGCAAUAGUGGAGAAAAAUACGGCUACUCAAGGCGCAGAAACAACCAUAGAUGAGUUCAAAAACCAGUGGCCAGACACAAACAAAAUUACUCAUACUUUACUUGCAAGAACUAUGUCAAAGCAAACCACUGGCGGACGAUUAUUCAAGCUAAAUUUCCUAGCCUACUGGAACACUUUGUUUGUAGAGAUAACAAAGUCAACAACUGUUAAACAAAGUUUUCUACUUGAAAUUGACAAAGAGGAAGACAUUCCAAAUCUGGAUUGGUGCUCCUUCGUUUUAGAAUCGCUGAAACGAACAAGACAAGGUUGGAAAAAGUUAGACUCACAAUACAAUGGCCCGGUUGCAUUCCUAACGCUUCUAUACAGCCAUUAUUUCAACCAAAGACACAAAAUUUUCGAUGAACCUGUCAAAAUGCCUGUCAUACAGUAUGUAACCUCUGGUAUGAUCGACGACGUGGAAGAAUAUUUAUACAACAACGGGCCGCUAAGUGUUGAAGAUUGUGAUGAAGUGGAGGAAGACGAAGGAGCAAAUGAUAAUCGCCAGGAUCAACAACCUGUUACUGCCUCACGCAUCAAUGGCAAUGAUCAUCAAAAUCAAGAGGCUACGACCGCACCAUUCGAAAUCGUAAAACAGAACACUUCGACGCUGUACACUGACCUUUUCGCUGACAACAUCCCGAUACACGAGGCAGCUGCGGUACAAGAAAACCUCACCGAAUUCAAUACAUUAGAUCAGCGUAUGGAAGAUACGGAUGAGUACAUGAUACCACCAGUGGAUACGACACAUGUCUACAACAGAAGAAACCUGGCUGGAAACCUGGAUGGGGAGGAUCCGAUUGACGAAGGUGACAUACCAUCAAAUACGGAUUGGGACACAAACGCAAAAAGAGAUUGA